AUGGAGCGUAGCGGCGAGGCUUCAAUACUAGAACUUGCCAAAUCCAUUGCGGAAGGCACAACGGUUGAAAGUCCUGACUUUGAGGCCUCACUGGCCGAUAUUGAGCGUUUCACCACUGCGUGGAAGACGCGAAGCGUGCUCCUCUCGGAGCAUUUGGUGAGCGCAUCUCGGUGCCUUCUCGGAGGAGCGCCUGCGAACCCGGAGGCAGUCUGUCAGGGCCCCAGUGCGGCCUCGCAAGCUGGUACGCUGGAGAGUCUCUCGUUGGCUGCUUCGCAGUGCGUUACCGGAGAGAGAGAGGCUGCAAAUAUCCUCCGAACUGCACGGAAAGUUCGCGAGGCGCUUCUCUCCUGCCAGGAACCAACACCAACAGGGACUGAAGGGCAGACGACAGAGUCUUUCACGGACACGUGGCGGCGUUUUGAAGAGACGGGAAGGUCGGCAAGAAGCGCUAGCUCGGGAGAGACAAUAACGGAGCGGAACCGUGACAAGGUCCGUCGCCUGGUUGAAGGCGGCACGAUGCAGUCAGCUUCGGCGGAUAGCCUGAGUGAUCCGUCACUCGCCGCUACGCAGCAAGCGAGCCCAGACCCUAUUGUCGGUGAUUCAACCGCCCCGACGUAUGUAGCCGCUGACUGGGAACCAGAUGCUUCUCGAAUACGCUGCCCCGUUUCUGGCGUAGUCAUGCAGCAACCCUUCCGGAACCGCGAUUGCCAGCACUCAUACGAAAAGCAGAGCAUAGAGCAGCUCAUCAGAGCCCACAACCGUUUGCGAGCCCGUGAACGUCUCACGGACAGGCAUGCAGCACCUUGUCCAGUUGCCGGCUGCGUCGCCACGGUAUCCAUAGGCUCGCUCGAGCCCGAUACGGAACUUAUGCUCGUGAUUGAGCGCUUGCAAAGGAGACAGGAGCGUUUGCAAAAUCGACCUAUGCCCUGGGGCCCAACCGAAUGCACCGAUUCGCGUGAUCCAAUCGAAGACUCUCCUCGAUGA